AUGGCUCACGCAGUACUUCUGAGCAGCUUGAUAUUCGCCGCAGCACGCGCCAAUCCCAUUGCCCGCGAUGUUGCGAACCAAACCAUGGUAACGCCCUUCAGUGCCCUCCAAUGGACACCCUGCUACGACAAUUUCACCUGCGCACGCCUCAUCGUGCCCCUAGACUACGCCGAACCCGACGCCGGCAACACCACAAUCGCCUACAUCAAGCUCCCCUCAGCCACGCAGCCCGCCGAAGACAUCCUCUACAAUCCUGGCGGACCCGGUAAUUCCGGAGUAGACGCCGUCCUGCACGGCAGCGCCCAGCUGCUCAACACGCUAGGCACGACGUACAACCUCAUCGGCUUUGACCCCCGCGGCGUGAACAACAGUGGGCCGAGCCUGAGCUGUUUCCCAGGCGAUCCCGCAUCGGAGGCACUCUUCAAGAGCCAAUUCCACAGGCCGAUAAAUAGCAAGUCGCCGGAAUCUUUAGCGCGACAAUUCGAGAUCGCUGGUGCGUGGGGCGAAAGAUGCUCGAGCGUGCAUCGCAAUGACUCGGCAAGAUACGUUGGCACCAUAGCCACGGCGCGGGAUAUGCUGAACUACGUGGAGAAGAGGGCUGUUGCGGAAGGACAAGAAGUCAAAGUCGCGAAGCUCUGGUAUUGGGGCAUCAGUUACGGCACUGUUCUGGGAUCCACAUUCGCGACAUUGUUUCCCGACCGCAUUGGGAGGAUGAUCUUGGAUGGCGUGGUCGAUGUGGAAACGUACUACAAGAACAACGCCUCUGGCCUGAGUCAAUCGGAUGAAGCGGUGUUGAGCUUCGCGAAGGCAUGUCAUACUGCAGGAAGAGAAAAGUGCGCGUUCUACUCUUCGACCACGAAAGACAUUACGAAACGCAUGCGGAACAUCAUCGAAGACGUGAGAAAAGAUCCCGUCCCUGUGGCUGACCUGGCGAUAAGCCCGGUCCCCACACUGAUUACCUACGAAGACCUCGUCUUUACGCUGUUCGUUUUGCUUUACUCUCCGGUUCAAGGUUUCCCACUCCUGGCGCAGAUCUUUGCAGAGUUAGAACAGCGCAACGGGUCAUCAAUCGCGCUGACAAUCCAGGCCGUGCCUCCGACUGGCGUAGAUUACGGCGGCUUAAUCUCAUGUAUGGAUAGCGUCAAAGUACCUGGGGCGUACAACAUCUCAACCAUGGCGAUAUGGGAGCAGCAUGUCAAGGAAGAGAACAAGCAGUCGCAAUGGGUCGGCGAUGGCUGGGCCACUGUGUCGCUGCUGUGCAGGAAGAUGAACAUCAUUCCACCGGAAAGCCAACGAUUCAGUGGAAAACUGGGCGCAAACGAGACAAGUUUCCCGAUCCUUUUCAUUGGAAACACGAUCGAUCCGAUUACGCCAAUCGUGGGAGCACGGAGAAUGUCUAACCUGUUCCCAGGGUCUGUCUUGUUCACACAAGAUUCGAUUGGCCACACAUCCCUCGCUGCAAGUUCGGCCUGUACAUCACAUAAUGUGCAGCAGUACUUGGGUGGCGUACUGCCGGCAGCGAAUAUCACUUGCAAGAUUGAGAGUGUUCCGUUCAUUACGGAUGUUUGA